AUGGGCUUCGACCAUGAGGACGACGAGCUUCGAGACAAGCUCAAAGUCGCAGGAGUGGCUGCAGCGGAUGACCCUGAACAGCUCAAGCGCUUCCUGGCCGACAUUGCUGCCCACGGCAAGAGACAGAAGUUGGGGCAGCAAAUUGUCGCCAAACCUGCGCAUAUGGACGCUCAACCCAGGGGCCUGGACUUCCGCUCAGGUCUCUUCGGUCGAAGGAAGGAGGUGGACUUCUUUCUCAGCUCUGAGUCCCGAGCGAAAGGCUUCAAGGCGCUGGCUGCCCAGCGUAGGCAGGCUCCCACAGUGAUGCGCGUUGCUUUGCCAGCCUGGCCUCGGGGCUCCAACCUGGUGCAGUGGAGCAGCUAUUUCAGGUUGUUGCUCGCGGUGCACGCGGCCUUCUUCGCCACCGGCACGCUCGCCGAGGUGUGCCAACCACCCGGGGACGUGUUCACGUCCGUCAUCGACGGGGACCUCGGGAAGGUGGAGUGGAGCCUCAGCUCGGCGGCCAGCGGCUGCACGGAGAAGACGGUCUGCGCCAAGACCAGGCAGACGGCGCUGCACGUGGCGGCGGAGAACGGGCAGCUGGAAUGCGCCCGGCUCCUGCUCAGCAAGCGCGCCGACCCAUCAGCCCUGGAUACCAACAGGGACAACGUCCUGCACAUAGCGUGCAGGCGCGGGAACCUGCAGCUGGCGGAGCUGCUGCUGGAGGGGGGCACCGCGGGCACCUCGGACGCGCCCCGCAGCCACGCCCGCUCGCGCAGCGCCCCGGCCUGCGCCGCGGGAGGCAUGGGCGGCGGCGGCGCGCCGGGCCCCUGGGAGGACGAGAGGCAGCGGCAGGCCCAGGCAGAGCGGCUGAUGAGUCAGCAGAACGCGCAGGGGGUCAGGGUGCUGUCUCGGAUGGCGGCCUUCCCUGCCGCCGAGGCCGCCGCUGCGUGCGCAUUCGACGACGGCGCGGUCUCGGCUGCGCAGCUUGCAGAGCUCGUGGCGCAACCGAAGGUGCAGGCCGCCAUCCUGGUGGGCGCGGACUUUGACGAGGUGGAGGUCCAGAAGGUCGUCUACGACGUGGCGGGCGAGCACGUCGGCAGGGAGGUGCCCGACGCGAUGGUGGCAGACGGGCAGGGCUUCGCGCCGCUGGGGUCGCUGGGCAGCGUGGCGUGGCUGGGGCAGGAGCGCCUCGUGGAGCGCGCCUCGGCCGACAGAGUGGACCACUGGAAGGAGAAGCGCGAGGAGAGCGAGGGCGACUCGCGGAUCCUCGGGCUGCAUCGCGGGUGGAGGAAGCGGAAGCUCGCGCUGCACGGCGCGGCUGUGCGAGGCGGCCCUGGCUCGAUGGUCGUCUAUGAGAGUGAGUGGAGGCAGGAGAGCAGCGUUGGCGAAGGCACCGCUGCUCUCCGCGAACAUAGGAGCAACACGGAGGCGCUGCGGCUGGCCCGCCAGGACCUGCCCGCUGAGGGCGGUGGCGGCUGCCCCGCGGCGGCGCUGGGGCCGCCCACGCUGCGCGGCCACGGCUGCGUCCUGGAGGCGCCGGAGCCCGCCAGCUCCCGGGGCAACAACUUCGCGAAGGGCGCGCAGUGGAGCCCGGACGGCUCUGUGGUUCUGGCGGCGCACGACGACCAGACCCUGCGCCUCUACUCCGCACCGGCCGAGGCUCGGGGGGAACGUAGACACGCGCGAUAA